AUGGCGUUGCUAUCCAAGUGGAAGUGGAGAAUUCUCGUCGAAAAAGAAUCUCUUUGGCAUAAUAUCUUAAAGGCGAGAUAUGGCGACAUUAAUCUAAAGGUGGUAGACGGGGGUAGAAUCAAUAGAGGGACUUCUUCUAAGUCGGCAUGGUGGGACGAUAUUCUGUCCUUACAAAAGGUGCAGCCUUUGAAUCAUUUUAAUCUUAACUGCAGGAUCGAUAUUGGCAAAGGAUUUAAAACAUCUUUCUGGUCUGCUCACUGGAAUAAUGCAUGUAUCUUAAAAGAGUUAUUCCCUAUUCUGUUUUCGGUGUCUGCACUGCAAAGUGCGGCUGUUGCGCUUAUAGGGGGCUGGCAGGACGACGUUUGGACCUGGGGCGAUUUCGGUAUCAGUUGUUCAAAUCGGGACAGGCCCAAGGUUGCUGUUGAACUGCUUCUGCUUCAGCAGAUUCUACAGUCUGUUUCACCGAAGAUUUACAAUGCUGAUCACGUCCUGUGGCGGGCGGAGAAGAACGGCAGCUUCUUGAUUAAAAGUUGCGUUAGUAUUGUCAACGGUGUGCAUCUUUUUUCCGGUCCCAUGGACAGACAUGAUAGUUCUUACAAAAGUAUUUGGAAGAUGAUUGUUCCGUUGAAAGUGAAAGUUUUCAGUUGGAAAUGUUUUUUGAACAUUCUCCCGACGAAGGUUGCGUUAUCUAAAAGAGGUAUUGCUUUUCCUAUCAACAAUGCCUGUGUUUUUUGUAAUGACCACGAAGAAUCUUCUAUCCAUUCUCUAUUAUGUUGCAAUUCGGUGGACUUGGUUUGGAAAGACGUUGAUGAAUGGAUUGGCUUCGUCGAGUACAAGGAGGAGGAUUUCAAAAAAUGGGAUGAAGGAACCGGCUCCUCCAAUGUGCCUUCAUUGAGACUAAUCAUGAAUGUUGGCUCUACCGAAACAAGACGUGUUUUGGAGAACAAAUUCAACAACAAGAUAUUAUUCAGAGGAUUAUGGAUGCAAUGGUUUAUAGGUGUUGGACCUAUCCAAAAAUUAGAAAACAUAUAG